AAAAUGGAAUAAAUCAAUAUUAGAAGAGGUUUAUGAUUCCUUACUUGAGGAACUACCAUUGGCGGACAAUGCACCAGGAGGAAUGAUCAAAUAUCGUCGAUCUCUCACUCUCAGUUUAUUUUUUAAAGGAUUUGUGCAUAUCUCCAAAGAAUUAUCAAAAACUAUUUCGGACACAGAAUAUAUGCCAAAAGAGUUAGAAAGCGCUUCAAAUUGUUUCCAUUAUAAAGCACCAAAAAGCUCACAAUAUUAUCAAGUGAUACCUAAAAAUAAAAAAUCACAUGAUCUAAUAGGACGUCCUAUUGUGCAUGCUAGUGCGUUCAAACAAGCGACAGGCGAAGCAGUAUAUUGCGAUGAUAUACCCAAAUUUACAAAAGAAUUAUACUUAGCAUUGAUUUUCUCUACUAGAGCGCACGCCAAAAUUUUGAAAAUUGAUCCAUCUAAAGCGCUAUCUAUGGAAGGAGUCGUAUCAUUUUUCUCUUCAAAAGAUAUAGCAGAAGAUAGAAAAUGGGUAGGCCCUGUGUUUCACGAUGAAGAGGUAUUUGUAUCAGAAAAGGUAUGUUUUUAAAUAAAAAUCAUGAAUCAUUUUUGUAGAAAAUUACAAUUUUUCCAUAUGUGGUAUGUAUGAAAC